UCGAUGCGAUCGGCUCUGGGCCCUGCCGUGAGUUCUCGGUGCGGGCGACAGCGCUGCUGAACAUGGCGUCAGACGGGAUGAUUUUAACGAACCACGACCACCAAAUCCGGGUCGGAGUAUUGACAGUGAGUGACAGCUGUUUUCGGAACCUUGCAGAGGACCGCAGUGGUGUCAACCUCAAAGAUCUCAUCCAUGAUCCCUCCCUAUUGGGGGGUAUGAUCACGGCCUACAAGAUAGUGCCAGAUGAGAUAGAUGAAAUCAAGGAGACUCUGGUGGAUUGGUGCGAUGAAAAGGAACUUAACCUUAUCCUAACCACCGGAGGAACCGGCUUCGCACCGAGAGACGUUACACCAGAGGCCACUAAGGAGGUGAUAGAGCGCGAGGCUCCAGGGAUGUCUCUGGCGAUGCUGAUGGGAUCCCUCAACGUCACACCACUAGGCAUGCUUUCCAGACCUGUGUGUGGUAUCCGAGGGAAGACGCUCAUCAUUAACUUACCUGGAAGCAAGAAAGGCUCCCAGGAAUGCUUCCAGUUCAUCCUGCCGGCCCUGCCGCACGCCAUCGACCUCCUGCGGGACGCAGUGGUGAAGGUAAAGGAGGCGGCCGACGAGCUGGAGGACCUGCCGUCGCCACCACCACCCCUCUCGCCGCCGCACAACAGUUCGCCCUGCCGCCAGACGGAGGACAAGGGCGUGCAGUGCGAGGAGGAGGAUGAGGAGAAGAAGGACAGCGGUGUGGCGUCCACCGAGGACAGCUCCUCCUCCCACAUCACCGCCGCAUCCAUCGCCACCAAGAUCCCAGACUCCAUUAUCUCACGGGGUGUGCAGGUGUUGCCCAGGGAUACAGCCUCUCUCAGCACCACGCCCUCGGAGUCGCCCCGCGCCCAGGCCACAUCCCGCCUCUCGACUGCUUCCUGUCCCACACCCAAAGUGCAGUCACGAUGCAGCAGCAAAGAAAAUAUCCUAAGAUCAAGUCACAGUGCAGUGGACAUCACCAAGGUGGCCCGGAGGCACCGCAUGUCCCCCUUCCCCCUCACCUCCAUGGACAAGGCCUUCAUCACUGUGCUGGAGAUGACCGGCGUCCUGGGCACUGAGAUCAUUAACUACAGAGAUGGGAUGGGUCGAGUCCUGGCUCAGGACGUUUAUGCCAAAGACAACCUGCCACCCUUCCCUGCCUCUGUCAAGGAUGGUUAUGCUGUGAGAGCGGCUGACGGCCCAGGCGACCGCUUCAUCAUUGGAGAGUCCCAAGCUGGAGAGCAGCCCACCCACACAGUGAUGCCUGGCCAGGUGAUGAGGGUGACGACAGGUGCCCCUAUCCCAUGCGGGGCCGACGCUGUAGUCCAGGUGGAAGAUACCGAGCUGCUCCGCGAGUCUGAAGACGGCACAGAGGAGCUGGAAGUACGAAUCCUAGUACAGGCUCGUCCAGGGCAGGACAUCAGGCCCAUCGGUCAUGACAUUAAGCGUGGGGAGUGUGUGCUUGCAAAGGGCACCCACAUGGGCCCGUCUGAGAUCGGCCUCCUGGCCACUGUGGGAGUCACAGAGGUGGAGGUUCAAAAAUUCCCCGUGGUGGCUGUCAUGUCCACAGGAAAUGAGCUGCUGAACCCGGAAGACGACCUCCAUCCUGGGAAGAUCAGGGACAGCAAUCGCUCCACCCUGCUGGCCACUAUCCAGGAGCACGGCUAUCCAACCAUCAAUCUGGGCAUCGUGGGAGACAACCCCGAUGACCUUCUCAACGCUCUGAAUGAAGGCAUCAGCCGUGCUGAUGUCAUCAUCACCUCAGGAGGAGUGUCCAUGGGAGAGAAGGACUACCUUAAGCAGGUGCUGGAUAUUGAUCUUCAUGCUCAGAUCCAUUUUGGUCGUGUUUUCAUGAAACCAGGUCUCCCAACAACAUUUGCCACGUUGGACAUGGACGGUGCUCGCAAACUUAUCUUUGCCCUCCCAGGAAACCCCGUGUCCGCUGUUGUCACCUGUAAUCUUUUUGUCAUCCCUGCCUUGAGGAAGAUGCAGGGAAUUUUGGACCCUAGGCCCACCAUCAUCAAAGCAAGGUUGUCUUGUGAUGUGAAGUUGGACCCUCGCCCUGAAUACCACCGCUGCAUUCUGACAUGGCAUCACCAGGAGCCUCUGCCGUGGGCACAGAGCACAGGGAACCAGGUGAGCAGCAGGCUGAUGAGCAUGCGCAGUGCUAACGGGCUUCUGAUGCUACCUCCGAAAACAGAGCAAUACGUGGAGCUGCACAAAGGCGAGGUGGUUGACGUCAUGGUCAUCGGUCGGCUAUGAUGGCAUCACAGAGGGACGGAGCGUCGGCGUCAUAUAGCGAGGGAUGGAAUGGGUGGUUCACGGUGCAUGUCCACAUAUCAUUGACUAUUCUGUAAUAUGCAACGGCACAGCUAGUUUUUAUUGAUUUGGAUAACGUUGAGGUAUAGUCAACAUCUUGAUCACAAUCUAGA